GGCCAAUCUCGCGGCCGGCGCCGCGCGGAAGGGACCGGCACGAGGCGGGGCGCGCUUCCGGCGCGCGAGCGGCGGGGGGAGGCCUUUCCGGGCGCGGGCGGGAAGGAGGCGCCGCGCGCUGCCCCUCUCCAAGAUGGCGGCAGCUCCCUCGGCCUGCUCCCCCCGCUCCUUCCUGCGCAGGCUCCGCAGACCCCCCUCCAAGAUGGCGAUUAUGUCAUAACUACAAGAUAAACGAGCAGUGAUGGAAUCACUGGAUACUGAGGUGAGAGCACGGAAGACUCUGGGGACUGUUGAGUAUGUAGAGUCUUCGGGUUUCACCCAGGGAGUCCUGCCGACCAAGAAGGAUGUGGUUCAGAAUAUGCUGUAUUUACUGCAGCCCAAAAGAGCUGGCCAAGCCCAGCGGUCCAAAGAGGAUGCAGCCCAGUUGCUCGCUGAGCACCUGCAAGAGCACUGGUUGGUUUGCAACUUGCACACCAUUGCAACACAAAAUAUAAAGAAACUUAUCCUCAAAAUGUAUGAGGAGUUUACCAGAUUGUAUCAGACCAGGAAGCAAAGACAGAACCAUGCUUUUACUGAGCGAGCAGACAAAUUCAACGAGAGUUCGGAGAAGCUCUUUGAUGUAUUUUGUACAGACACGGAGAUGAGAAAUAAGCUGGAGGAAUACAGUGGAAUAAAAAUGACUAGCAUCGAGUGGAAAUUUCUUGAAGAUCAAAGGAGCGAAAGAAAAAUGUACUAUGAAGAUUUCACAGACAAGCAAGAACUGAAGAUGAUGGAAAGAAGACAAAAGAUACAAUAUCUGGAGCACUUCAGAAAACUUGCCAAGGAAGAGAGGGAGGGAAACAAAGCCAAGGAAGCAAAAUACAAAAGUGAUGAGCAAUCAGAUGAAGGCACAAGUGUGGAUGAAUCCUACCCCGUGGAAGAGGAGAAUGGAGGGGCUCCAGCCUUCUCUCUGCGGGGCAGAAGGAAGCGCCGGUGCACCACGAGUCCUGCGAACACCCCCAUGCCCCUGGAAUGCCAGCAUAUACGGAUGAGCAUCAGGAGAGUUAGACCUGGGUUCUACGAGACUGUGGAGAAGGUCCAAAACUGCUAGCGCAUGCCAUGGUCUGCAGGCAGGGCUGCUGGAGUAUGAGGUGGCAGUGCACACGUUAGGCAAGUUUGAAAUUGCACCCUCAAUUGGAAAUGAUUGCCAGAGCUCAGGAACUUCCUGCCUCUGGGGAAGAGCACUGGGAUGAGAACAGCAGAAAGGACAAAAACACAUGACAAUUUGAAAAGAUGAGGAUAAGGAAUCAGCGGAUAAUGAUGCUAAUGUGCAAACCUAGUAGAUGGUGUAAGGCAUAUAAGCCUCUUCUUCCAAGGUCCUGUCCACAUCUGUGGGUUUUUGGAAGUCUCUCACCACUUCUGAGCCAGGGGUGGCCUGACAGUUUGAAACAGGACUCAGAUUUACUGCAGGGAAAUAACUUGGACUUGUUGCUAAUAGAAAGUUCCAUGUGCUGAAAAGCCCUAAUUUCUGCUAAUUUAAGUGGGAGCAAAAGGUGCUUAGCCCCUUAGAGAUGAAUUUGACAUUUCUGCACUGAAGGAAGCUGGUUUUCAGCUAAUAUUACCUGAUCUUUGAGAGGCACCUUGGGGUUUUGUGAAGGGAUUGCUCUUUUGCUUCAGGAGAGGAGGGAGAGACCAGGAGCCUUUUGACUGCUUUGGCUGUAAAAGCAUUGGUGAUUCUGAAUGUUUUAUUAUAGAUUCUAUUUUAACAAUGUUUCCUUGACCUGGAUAAACCUCACAAUUGGAUAAGUUUUAACCUGAAGUCCCUCAUCUAGCAUCUGAGGUGUGAAUCCCAAAUGAAGUAGUUAUGUUUUAUUUGUCCAGAUGGGGCAAGGCAGGGGGGAAGGAUGCAGAUUUCCUUAUUUAGUUUUAAGAUGAGAAGAAUUUUAUAAACUCUUAUCCUGCCUUCCUAGGAUUUAGGAAAGAAAGAAGCCUUCCCAGGCGUGGGUAGCUGUGGCAUUUACAGUAAAAGGCUUUUCCACCCCACGUCCAUAAAGGCCAGCAGAGUGCAAGCAAUUGUUUUCCACCAGAGUUUGAGCAAAGCGUAACCCUCUUGCCCACAUAUAUCCUGAGCAGUGAUGUGUCUGUGAUUUUAGGUACCCGCAGUAUAAGAGUAUCUGCUGAAUUAAGUUAGAGUUGCUUUACUGGUUUCUAAAGACGAGAGACUUGAACUUUCAGCGAAACCCAGUGCAGAGAUCUCUGGUGAGAUUCCCAAACCUUGCCAGACCACACUAAGAAUGAAAAAAACACAAGUCUCUAUUUGUCCACAGAAGUUCUCUGAUAGUAAAAACGCAAACUUGCCUCAUUUUCAAAUUUACCUUUCAGUGUGAACGUUGGUUUCCCCACUCCAGUAUCUCAGCUUUUCCCCAUUUCUUUCCUCUCUGCCUUGGACAUCAUAUUACUGACAUUAACUUCACGCUGUUUCAUUCUUUGGCUUUCGCUCCCUUUAACAAUAAAUGCAUGUACAAAUAAUUUUGACAGUUCCUUUACUUUUGAUAAAUAAGUUCCUGGACUGCUUUGAAGUCCUAUGCCAAAGGAGGAAUGAAACGCAGGUUCACUGCUGGCCCAACUGGGACGCAGCAGAGACAGCGAGUGCCAGAGGCAGAGGCAGAGGCCGCCUCGGCCCUGCUGCCCAGGCAGGCACCGGAGUACCCAUGCUCCGUCCCUCCACCUGCGGAUGGAUCCGUCCGGCUCCAAGCGAUGCAUCAGCUUCCCAGUGACCUUGCUUGGUAGUAAUUGCUGGGAUCCUUACUCUGUGUCUCUGAGAUGUUCCUCAUGGUAAGUUGCUCCAAAAUAUGUAGUGAACUCUGUGUACUCCGCGUCACUUGUAGCGUUACAGGUUUAAUAGCACGUGCCUGCCUUCUGCAACACCCUUCAGCCUCUGCUGCUUGAGAGUUUGCAGCCCUCUCUCUCCUCCUAUGUCUGACAUGCUUCACUGACUUCCCUGUGCAAAUUAUGUCACAUUUAAACUAUUUGCCUUCCAGCCCUGAGGUGCUGGACUUGAGCCUCUCCCUGGGCUUUCACACCAGCAGCUCUGUUUCAGCAGGGAAAAUAGCCAAGCUCGGCCCUUGCCGAGGUAGAUCUUUUUUGUUUUAAAUAACUGCUGUAACCCCCCCUUUGUAUUACAGAUAGAGCUGACAGAACAGGUGCUCGUGUGUAAAGCAGAGCUACCAGGGUUGACUCGACUAUGGAACACAGCUGUUUAGUACUUUAUGUUUUUCAAGGAUUCAGGGAAUUUAAGGUUGUCGAAUCUGACUUCCUGUAUACACAGGGAAUCGCAUUUCAUUCAGAAGCCCCACACACAGCCUACUAGUUCUGGUUUAAAUGACUUGUCUUACAGAGAUGAAGACGUUAAGAGUCUGCUGUCUUCCUCAGUUACAGAAUUAGUGCAUUGUCACUUUUGCUGAAUGAAUAAAAGUAAAGAGGGAAGAAAAAACCCAACCUUCUUCCAGGCUGUGAUUCUUUUCGUUACAUCUUGUACAGGCUGAGCAAUGUUUAUCGCAUUUAAAUCAUAUUUGUUAUUUCUAACUGGGUUUGACUGUGGACAGAGCCAAAGCCUGGCUCUGUUUCUGCUGCAACAGGGGAAAAUUUCUAAACAAUGUCUCUGAUUACUCUUCUUUGGGACCAUGGUGCCUUUUUAAUUAGGACGGUAAAUCUUGUCCCAGGAUUCUGUACUUUUGUACAUUAACAGUUGUUGACUUUCCUUUUUUGGUGUGUCCCAAUAAAUUAAUAUAACUGA